AUGUCAGCCACCUCGGAACAAUCCAACAAUUGCGUGGAGACGACUGUAAAUGCGAACGGCAUGAACGGCCAUGGACCUUUCACCAAUGGUGUCAAUGGCCACGAACACUUGGCGGACGGCGCCAAUGGCCAUGAAUCCUCGAUGAACGGCGUCAACGGCCAUGGACCUGUGGCGAAUGGUCUCAACGGGCACGACCAUGGGUUGACUGAUAGUUUGAAGACCAUCGUUGACGACGCUCCUCCGGGGAAGGAGACUAUCUUCGUCGCAUUCAUUGAAAAACUGCUCAACCUGGACGACAAAAAUAAAUAUUUCAUCGUUGAGAAUCUCUACCUGAACCCUCCCUCGUGGUACGCGGAGCAACAGCCCGAUCGGUUCAGUUACCACUUGGAGGAACAAGUCCUCUCCAUCUCACCCGAAGACCAUCUCGUUCACACCAGCAAAAACCGCUCGUUCAAGUAUGACAAAUGUGUCAUCGCGACCGGUUCACGCGCAGAUCUACCACCCUACAUCUCCGCCGACACAGCGGAGAAGACCAAGGGCGUUUUCGUGUACCGAAAUAUCGCAGACUUGGACGGAAUCAUCUCGUACGCGGAGAAACCUGAGGUCAAGCGUGCUGUCGUUGUUGGUGGUGGGUUGCUCGGCUUGGAGGCGGCAAAGGCUGUCUACGACAUGCCUUCGAUCUCUCAUGUCAGCAUCAUCAAUCGGAGCGCCUACCCGCUGUCCCGUCAACUAGACUCAGAGGCCGGGGAGAUGGUGCUCCACAAGAUCGAGGCGAUGGGCGUGCAGGUGCUCACCCGGUGUUCCCCAUCUCGUCAGCUUACCCGUCCAGCUGACGAUGGCUCUGGGGACGAUGUCUUCUGUGGGUUCGAGUUUCCGGACGGUUCCGUGUACGAAGCAGACCUCGUCAUCUACGCCAUUGGCAUCCGAUCUCGCGACGACGUGGCUAGAGCCAGCGGGAUCCAGUGCCACCCCCGCUUCGGUAUCAUCGUGGGGGACGACUUGAGGACUUCGGCGGAGGACGUUUAUGCCAUUGGGGAAUGUGCCAGUUGGAGGGAGAAUACCUACGGCCUGAUCGGUCCUGGAAUCGAGAUGGCCGAUAUCCUUUCGUUCAACUUUACCCAAACGGACGCACAUGCGCCUCGUUUGAUGAACGCGCCAGACCUGAGUACAAAGCUCAAGUUUAAUUUUAGGUUAAUGGGAAUCGAUGUUGCGUCAUUUGGUGACUUCUUUGCGGAUAAACGUCUUCCAAAGGGCCGGACGCAGGAUGUCACACAGCUUGCGAAGUCGGUCACCAACGGCCACGCGAACGGGAAGGUGGCCAAAGUUGAGAUUGAAUUUGAAGAGGAACCCAAGCAGAAUGGGAAUUCAGCUGGUCCACUCCCCACACCCAAGCCCUCACCCUCGAAGAGACGAAAGCGCGGACAGGACGAGCCGAUCAACUGCCUCGUGUACAAGGACCCGUUCACCGCGACGUACAAGAAGUACAUCUUUACCGAAGAUGGCAAGUACCUUCUGGGUGGAAUGAUGGUAGGCGACGUCAGCGACUUUGUCAAGCUCGUGGCUAUCGUGAAGAAGAAGAAACAACUCGAAGUUCUUCCGUCGCAGUUUAUUAUUAGCGACAAGAAGGGGGAGGACGAUGGGGGUGACCUCGACGAUGACGCUCAGGUCUGCAGCUGCCAUAACGUCCUCAAAGGGGACAUCGUCAAAGCGGUUCAGGAAGGAACGUGCUUAACCAUCCCCGACCUCAAAUGCAAGACUAAGGUUGGGACUGGGUGCGGAGGCUGUAUGCCCUUAGUUACGAGCAUCUUCAACUCGGAAAUGAAGAAAGCAGGGCGCGUUCUUAAUAACAACCUCUGCCCUCAUUUCGCCAUGAGCCGGACGGACCUUUUCAGCGUCAUCAAGGUGAAGCAGCUUCGCAGCUUCUCCGAGGUGAUGGACGCCGUUGGAGUCAACAAGGCCUCCGUGGGCUGCGAACUGUGCAAACCAGCCGUCGGCAGCAUCCUGUCUAGUUUGUACAAUGAGCACAUCAUGAAGCCUUCUCAUCACCAGAACCAGGACACGAAUGACAGAUUCCUCGCGAACAUGCAGCGAAACGGAACUUUCAGCGUCGUUCCGCGUAUGACCGCCGGAGAGGUCACACCAGACGGGCUUAUUGCCAUUGGCCAGAUCGCGAAGAAGUAUAAUCUCUACACCAAGAUCACGGGUGGUCAGCGCAUCGACCUCUUUGGAGCGAAGAAGGAAGAUCUUCCGGAUAUCUGGGAGGCCCUGGGUGCCGCUGGCUUCGAAAGUGGACAUGCCUACGGCAAGAGCUUGCGAACGGUCAAGUCAUGUGUUGGGACUACGUGGUGCCGAUACGGCGUCGGUGAUUCCGUCGGUCUCGCGGUUCAGCUCGAGAAUCGGUACAGAGGUGUGAGGAGCCCGCACAAGUUCAAGGGCGGUGUGUCGGGAUGCGUCCGGGAGUGUGCGGAGGCGCAGGGCAAGGACUUUGGACUCAUUGCGACUGACAAAGGCUGGAACAUCUUCGUCGGCGGAAAUGGUGGUGCGAAUCCGAGACACGCCGAACUCUUCGCCAAAGACGUACCUCCUUCCAAGGUCGUCCGUAUCAUCGAUCGAUUCCUCGCAUACUACAUCAUGACAGCCGACAAACUCCAACGUACAGCGAGGUGGAUCGAGAACAUGGAAGGCGGUAUUCAGAAACUCCAACGAGUCAUCCUCGAUGACGAACUCGGUAUUUGCAAAGAUCUCGAUGCAUUGAUGGACAACCUCGUCAACACGUACGAGGACGAAUGGGCUGCAGUUGUCAAAGACCCCGCCAAGCGCAAAGCCUUCAAACAAUUCGUCAACACCCACGAAACCCGCCCUCAAAGCGAGAUGAUCACAGAACGCGGCCAACCACGUCCAGCAGACUGGGCCAAAUCCUACCCUCCCGUCAAACUAUCCACCGGGCAACUCGCUACGCCCAAAGAAGAGUGGAAGUGGGUCACUCUAGCGCAGAAGGCCGAUCUACUGGUCAAUGAUGAAGGAACGUCGAGUGCGGCUGUCAAGUAUGGAGAGAGCCAGUUGGCGAUUUAUCAUGUUCCAAGAAGAGGGUAUUAUAGAGCGUUCGUCCUCGAACAUGGUAUCAUCGGAGAUACAGCCGAAGGCUCACUCUACGUCUCCUGCCCCCUCCACAAGCGCAACUUUGCUUUAACAGACGGCGAAUGCCUCAACGACGGCGAGUACCAAAUCAUGGCGUUCGAAGCGCGCGAAGACCCAGACGGGACGGGUGCCAUCCAGGUUCUCCUACCACCCGCGGAUGACCUCGACUCGUUGAUUGCGACGGAGAAAUGGCUUGUACGACAGGCUGAGUCUGAGGCGCUGGGUUUGAAUGCGGCGACCCAGAUUGAGAUUUUGGGGCCGCGAGGGGAGAUUCUUUCAGGUUUGGGUGUUAAUGGGGGCGGAGGAUGUGAUUCGAGUGCGUGUGGGGAUAGUAAAUUGGAGUGGUAA